UACUAUGACCCAUGUUCAAAACAAUAAUUUUUGAAAAGAAAAAGCAAAUCUGAAAAGAAAAAAUCAAGUGCUGUAACGUGUAUUGAUUGCGGUAAAGGGAGUCAUUACACCAAACAAUACUUUAAAUGUGACUUAUAUGAGCCAGAAACUGCAGAUCAAGUAAGCGACCUUAUUGUACCUAUCGAUGGUGCGACAGGCAGAAAACGCAAACAGAAUUUUGAAAUCAAGAAAGAAAAGAAAAAAGCAAGGAAAGAGAAGAAUGAAGAACUAGAUAAAGACAAUGCAUAUUGUACCAAAUGCAAGCAACCAGGACAUAAAUCGAUGCGUUCAGAAGUGGAAGGCUGA